GGGUGGCUCUGCGAAAGUUUGCCGAAGAAGUUUUUAAGCUGUCACUGGCUGUCGGUAGGAGACAGAUGGAGGACAGAGGGGACAGAGACUCGUAAGCAAACGUUAACACCGACAUAUAAACAAGUCAAUAAGACUGAGAAUGCAACAAAAACGCCCCGUGGAGGCAGACGAUGUUCAGGUCUAAAUUGGAUAUGUUUGUUGGGGCUGUCACAGUUUAAGUGCAUGGUCGCAACAAAGCCCCGAUGGAAAUCAUUUGAAUUAACAGUCGACGCGGUGUAAGAAAGGCAUUAAAUGCUUCUAAAACACAGGCUACCGUCCUGACAACAUGACCCGUUUGGACUGCGGGCGUCACGCCUUUGGACAAGGACUCUCUCCCAUUCACUUCUGCAUCGCACUUCUGAUGAGCCUGGAAAACUGCAGGACGUUGGGAUUACCACAUGAACCAGAGAGAUUUCUGCAAGAUCUGCCUCAGUAUGAAGUGGUUCACCCCAUUAGAGUGGAUGCCAGAGGUCACUUCCUGUCCAACUUCCUGUCUCACCAUGCUCGCCGUGUACAGCGCAGGGAAGCCUCAGAGGGACCGGCGGACUUGGAUCGAGUCUUCUACCAGUUUAGGCAUGGCGGCUACAGCUUGCACUUUAACCUCACCCUCAACCCAAACCUGCUGGCGCCGGGCUUCUUGACGGAGAGGAGGUAUGGUGGCCUUGAAGGGGCCCAGAUCCAUCCAUCCACCAGAUCCUUCCGGUGCCAUUUCUUAGGUGACGUGUGGGAUCAGGCCACUGUUAAAGGGAGCGCAGCCAUAAGCACCUGUGAUGGCCUGACAGGACUGUUCAAGUUGUCUGACGAAGAGUUUUUCAUUCAACCUGUGGAGAAGUCCAGCGACGAGUCCUCAGCACCACGAGCCCACGCCAUCUACAAACGCCACGCGUCCUCUCCCAACUGGAGUCCAGUCGUACAGCCCAUCUCAGGGAACCAACCUCUCAACGGCACCUGUGGAAUUAAAAAUUCCCAUCAAAGUUUUGAAGACACUGAGAGACAGCGGGAGCGGUGGGAGCACCGCCAGCAGAGGCGAAGGAGGAGAAUUCACCAACGCUCAGUCAGCAAAGAGAAGUGGGUGGAAACGCUGGUGGUGGCUGACCCUAAAAUGGUGGAGUAUCAUGGGAGCAAAGCUGUGGAAAGCUACGUCCUCGCUGUCAUGAACAUUGUGGCAGGUCUGUUCCGAGAUGCCAGUAUUGGAAACGCAAUCAACAUUGUGGUUGUUCGACUCAUCCUACUGGAGCAGGAUGAGGAUGACUUAAAGAUUACACACCAUGCCGACAACAGCCUGAACAGCUUCUGUAAGUGGCAGAAGAAACUCAACAUGAAAGGAGAUGAACACCCGCUGCACCAUGACGUAUCAGUUCUGCUCACCAGGAAGGACAUCUGUGCAUCCAUCAACAUGCCUUGUGAGACUCUGGGUCUGUCUCAUGUGGCUGGGAUGUGUCAGCCACAUCGCAGUUGCAGCAUCAGUGAGGACACGGGCCUCCCAUUGGCCUUCACUGUAGCUCAUGAGCUGGGACACAACUUUGGGAUUCAGCAUGAUGGCAACGGUAAUGACUGUGAACCCAUUGGGAAACGACCUUUCGUCAUGUCUCCACAGCUCCUGUACGGCACCUCCCUGCCCAGGUGGUCACGCUGCAGUCGCCAGUAUAUCACCCGCUUCUUGGAUCGCGGCUGGGGCUGGUGCCUUGAUGACGCUCCGGUGAAGGAGAAGCUGUCUCUGAACUCGGUGCUUCCCGGGGUUCUGUACAGCGCUGCCCAUCAGUGUCGGCUGCAGUAUGGAUCUGGGUCUCUGCUCUGUGAUGACAUGGACAAUGUAUGCAGCACUCUGUGGUGCACUAUGGGAACAACCUGCCACUCAAAGCUGGAUGGGGCUGUGGAUGGGACCAGUUGUGGCGAGGACAAGUGGUGUUUCAGUGGAGAGUGUGUGGCAACCGGAUAUCAGCCAGAGAGUGUAAAUGGUGGCUGGGCAUCAUGGAGCGAGUGGUCGGCCUGUUCAAGGACUUGUGGGGCUGGAGUCCGAAGUGCCCACAGAGACUGUGAUAACCCAGUUCCAAAGUACGGAGGGAAGUAUUGUCUGGGAGAGCGACGGAGGUACAAGAUCUGUAACACCCCACAAUGUCCUAAUGACCUGCCCACCUUCAGAAACAUCCAGUGUAGUCACUUUAACACCAUGCCAUACAAGGGCAAGUUCUACAAAUGGGAAGCAGUCAUCAACAGAGUCAGCCCUUGUGAACUGCACUGCCGUCCACUGAAUGAACAUUUCUCUGAAAAGAUGCGGGAUGCUGUGACUGAUGGGACACCGUGUUACGAAGGCAACAAAAGUAGAGAUAUGUGCAUCAAUGGCAUCUGUAAGAAUGUAGGCUGUGACUAUUUGAUUGAGUCCAGUACUGUCGAGGAUCGCUGUGGGGUGUGUGAUGGUAACGGCUCCACCUGUACGACUGUGAGGAGAACAUUUGAGGAGAGUGAAGGACUUGGCUACGUAGACAUUGGACUGAUCCCAAAGGGAGCCUGGGACAUCCGCAUUGAGGAGGUGGCUGAAGCUGGGAAUUUCUUGGCACUACGAAGUGACAACCCCAACAAGUAUUUUCUGAACGGCGGCUGGACGAUACAGUGGAAUGGGGAGUACAAGGCAGCUGGAACAGUAUUCACCUAUGAGAGGACAGGACACCUGGAGAACCUGACGUCUCCUGGGCCCACCAUGGAACCACUGUGGAUUCAGCUUCUCUUUCAGGAGACCAAUCCUGGAGUGCGGUACGAGUACACAAUCAGUCAAAAUGUCUCAGAGGGCAACGACAUCCCUGAGUCAGUUUUCUUCUGGAAAUAUGGUUCAUGGACUGAAUGCAGUGUUACCUGUGGAACAGGUGUUCAGAGGCAGAUUGUUCACUGUGUGGAAAAGACAACUGGGAUAGUGGAGGCGCACUUCUGUGACCCCUUAACCCGACCUGACAAUAACCAAACCAGCUGUAACAAGGAUCCAUGUCCAGCCAUAUGGUGGGUUGGAGAGUGGCACAAAUGCUCAGCGAGCUGUGGGAGCUCAGGACAGACUAAAAGGACGGUGCUCUGCAUCCAGGCAGUAAGUGUUGAGGAGCAGAAAGCUCUGCAGCCCAGUGAAUGUGAACACAUGCUCAAACCUGAGUCGCUAUCCUCCUGCAACACACACAUCCCCUGCCCCGCUGACUGGACCACUGGCAGUUGGUCAAAGUGUUCACUGACUUGUGGAAGUGGAGUACGUCGCCGUAAUGUAACCUGCUCCAGAAACACAGGUGUUGACUGUGACCCCCAAAAGAAGCCCCUUGCUGUCACUACCUGCUACAUCCAGGACUGUCCACAAGUAGUGGAUAACUUUGGUAUCGACUGGUCUGGAAGUGGCUGGUCGAGCAAAGAAGUGCUCAAUGAAAUUAACUCCAUACCUGACGUCAAACCUCUUCCCAAAUAUGGAACCACCAGAGCCCAGCCAAGAAAUCAAAAUAACCUUAACAACAUUGUUGAGGGAGAUUUUCAUUACCACAACAACAUUGAAAAUAUUGAUCGCUCUCCGGAAAACAGUGUUCAAGUUGACGAUUUUUACUAUGACUAUAACUUUAUCAACUUCCAUGAAGACUUGUCGGAUGACUUUGAGGGUGAUGGAAAAGAUUCAGGGGACAGUCACAGAUUCAGUGCUCCACAGGAGGCCAAGCCAACCCGCAGUGUGAAAGAAAAUGCUUACAUGGAGACUAAAGCUCCCACAGCUACUUCAGCCAUUUCUACAACUUCAAAGGCCACUGCCUACACUUUAAAAGCUGAAGAUCCAGAGAACAGAAAUCUGGACAAUGUGAAGGACAAUGAAAAUGCAGCAACAAAGGAGUCUAUGCAAACAAAUUCCGAAAAUUUGGAUGACUUCCUUUCUGAGGAUUAUCUUCUGCCUGUGUCUACCACUCGCUCGCCGCCGUUGUCUACAACUCAGCAUUCACAAACACUAAAAGAGAGACAUGACAAUCUGUGGCGGCCUGAAAACAUUAGCACAAUACCUGAUCUGAUUUUCACUACAAAGGAGCCAACGCAGGAUGUGAAAUGGGAGCAAUAUGGGGAGGAGGCUCAAAACAGCUUUGAAAAUUUUACUGCAGAGGACAAUCCUACUGAGAAAGUCACUGUGACACCAAAACAUGCUGCUCCCACUCCCGGACAUGAAACCACUAUUGAUACUUUUGUCUCUACAACAAUAAGUGCUCAGGAGAUGGAAGAACAUGAUGAUUAUGAGUACAGUUACAAUGAAAAAAGUACACUUGUUCCCGACACCUCUGCAGACCAAGAAGGUGCAGAGAGUCCAGAACAUCCAGGCUCUCCCACGCCAGGAACUAUUAUUCAAGUUAAGACUGAAGUCCAACUGGAUAAGAGUGUUUCAGAAAUACCUCAAACAACCAGUCAACCAACAAUCUUUCCAACUGCCUUCACAUUGGAGGAUUUGGACUUGGAUCAGACAGGAUAUGCCACUAGUCAGUAUUCAUGGGAUACUGAUCCCGACCUCAGUACAACCUCACUUCCUGCAUCUGAGAGAUCCAGUCCUCUUCCCAUUCCCUUCGUGCCAAUCUCAGGUAACCAAGAGGCCUCUGAGGACUCCACAUCGUUAACUGGAACAGAAAUCAUACCUCCUACAAACCUGGAAGGAGCCACACAGCCUUCUCCAGCUGAUUUUCUGCCAGCUACAAUGGAACAGAUACCGACAAAACCUGCCUUCACUGAAAGAACUGGAACAGAUUCCACAUCCCAAUCUCCAUCGUUUGAUUUAGCUGAUUUUGACUACAAUGAAAUAGUCAUUCCUAUGAUGGUGAGAAGCAGUAGCAGUGACCCUGGGCCUUCACAUCAGCUUCCAACAAACACAGCAGCCGCUCCAAAACAUAGCACAACACCUGCUGUGCCCAGUUUGCCAACCAAUCCACCUAUUCUGUUGCCACUUCCAGUGCCAACAUCUGUCCAAACUUCAGCCUCCACACACGUCACUACUGCUGCCUACUGGGUCACCGGCAACUGGAGCGCUUGCUCCACCAGCUGUGGUCUGGGUGCCAUCUGGAGAACUUUGGCUUGCAGCACUGGCUCAGACGCUGACUGUGAUCCAGCCAAGAGGCCAGCGCCAGCCCAGCGAUGUUACCUGCGCCCCUGCUCCACAUGGAAAGUUGAAGAAUGGAGUAAGUGCUCCAAGAAUUGUGAAGGUGGUGUUAAAUCACGAGAGGUCCAGUGUUUUGACAUGCGGGAUCAAAGACCCCUACGACCUUUCCACUGCAGGGCCAUGUCCUCCAGGCCACAAACCCAGAUUCCCUGUAACCUUCAGCCAUGUCUUGAGUGGUACUCCUCCUCCUGGGGUCAGUGCUCUGAGGUGUGUGGAGGGGGUGAGCAGCAGCGGAUAGUCACCUGUCCAGAGGAGGAUCGAUGCAACAGGGACCUGCAGCCUAGCAACAUCCAAUCAUGUAAUAGUCAGUCUUGUACUCAGUGGCUUACUGGAUCUUGGGGACAGUGUUCAGCUUCCUGCGGUGGAGGAGUUGAGCGUCGGCUCAUCAAAUGUGUUAACACAAGGGCAGAUGAAGAAGUGGAUCAAGCUCAAUGUGACCAUGAGCCGCAGCCUGAGAGCCUCCAGAAGUGUAACCUACAGGAGUGUGAGAGCGCCCCCUCUGGAACACAAUGUGUUCGAGAUCGGCUAACGUUUCGCUUCUGUCAGACUCUCCGCUGGCUUGGCCGUUGCCACUUGUCCAACGUUCGAGCACAGUGCUGCAAAACCUGCAGCCAGCGUUCCCGCUCCAGCAGCAUGUCUCACCGUUGAGGUGCAACAAAAUAAACACACGUCUCAUCAACAGGAAUACUGACUGCACCACUGAAUCAGCAAUUAAUCAUCAAGACAACCUGGACCGUUUUCAGAUUUAUUCACCACUACAGACUAAUUAUGAAUUAGUCCGACGCCAAAACUCUGCAUGUUUCGGCUGGUGAAAUUAUUAUAGAGGGCUGAAAUUAAUUGGAAAUGUAGCAAAGCAUAGCCUCAAAACAAUGAGAAUGUAAAUAUUUGUUUGCACUUUUUAUAUUAUACAGUUUUACCAUUUAUGGAUCAGGAGUUCUUUGUAACAGAUAUGGUGCAACAUAAGGGGUUUCUCGUCAAUGUAGCCUGCUUCGUAAUGCUAUUACACUAUUAUACAUGUAGAUAAACCACUCGUUAACCUUUAUGGUUGGUACAAUGCUUUCAUUUUUACUGACAGCAGCAGAAACCGAACAGAAUAAAACAGACAGGUAUACAAUUGUUUUGUGUGUUAUGAAUCAAAAAACUAAGUGGUGCAUAAAUGCUUGAUGUGACAUUUAAAAAUAAUUGACCGUUAGCUAAACCCUGCCCCCCUUACUUACUAUUGCUACACCUGUAAUGCAGUGGCAGAAAACACAAAAACAGACUUCUCGUUUCUAAUGGAAAAAGUAACAGCAUUGUUCUUGUACUGCAGUAAAGAGGACUGUUUUUUAGUUUGGAUGCCUAGUUUAAAUGCAUAGAAGCUGUUUGGAUUCAAGGUCUAUGUUCAUAUUAGACAAUGUGUGUUUACUUUGAAUGUUACAAUAGAAUAGGCUUUAGGGAUGCUGACUAACUGAUGUGUUUGGCAAAUGUAACACAUGAUUAUCCGGGUGUUAAGCUGAGUUCCUAACCUCACAAAAUACUUGGCCUUGCAAGUAGAUGUAGAUAGCUAGGCAUGCAAUGUUUGCAGCUGACAUUAGAGCACACUGUUAAAUUCAUGCCUUACACUUUUGGUUUUGCAAAGAAUAAAAAGACACUGCUCUCAAAACCUUUGACAGCCCCAUUCACUUCACAGACCUGCAGCGCCUAGCUGCAGUUACUAAGCUAUGAUGGUACAAUCGCUGUUCAGAGGCGGGGGUUUAGCAACGGUCAAUUGGCAUAUUUAAUGUCCAUAGCAGCUUGUAAAAAAGCUUAUUUUGGCUUUACCACACAGAUUUUUAAAAGUCAUUACACAUCGAGGUAAAUGUGAAAAGUGGAGCUGCAGGAAAUACUUGGUGCUAGAGGCCGCACAGGCUCCAAACGUUUCGGGUCAGGUAUUUGGGCAGGCCCAGUGCCUUAUCUACUUGAAUAUUGGAUCAUUUGAUGUCAUUAUUUUUAUUAACCACUUGAUUGAAGUCAAAUUCAGCUUUUCAGAAUACAUGUUUUUUUUUUAUUCUUUGGAACGGAGGGAAUAAGGUCAGUGUCAUACAUUAGGUAUAUAUUGUAUUUUAUACUUUUGCAGCGGUGGUUUUUAGUACACUUCACUCUGUCAUAUUUUCAUUCUUUCAGAAUUGUUGUUAGCACUGACACGUACAUAAGCUGCCGUUAGGAGUCUUUUCAUCAGGAAUUGAAAAGCAGCUCAGGCUUAUCAAUGGAGUCUAGCCCAGGGAGCUGCAAUGCUAUCAUAUCCUCCUGUAUUUCUUUAUGCUGUUUAAUGUAAAAAAAAAUUAGAAGUAAAGGAGAAAAAGAGGGAAAAAAAUAAUUUCAUACUUUUGUAAAAUACUGUAAAUUGGGAGAAUUUACAGUAAAAUAUGUUGAUUGUUGCAUGAAUAGAGCUGUUGAAGCAGCUGGAGGAGUGGAGCAUGAACUCUCUGUCUGGACUUGGGGGGGGGUUGUGUAGAUGGAACGAAUUUGUUCAAGGUAAUAAUAAUAACCUUAUAAUAAUCUCAUAUGUAGCAACCUUUUGUUAAGUAAUGUAUAGUACAUUCUCUCCUCAGAUAACUGUAUACACAAGCAACACAGGAACCAAGAUACAAUUGAGUGUAGUUACAUAAUCACACAGUUGGAAGUCAUCAGUGAUUAUUAUUUGAUAAAGCAGUUAUAAUUUAAUUUUAAUGCUUAUGUAAAUUAUACCUGCCUUGUCUACAUAAUAUAUAUUAAUGUAAAGGGCUAUUGAUUGGAAGAAAAAAUGUGUUUUGAAUAACUUUUUAUUUAAGGUUUACAGGUAUAGGUGCUGGAAACAAGCAAUUAAAGCCUUGUUCAGUUUAAUAUCUCAAAAUUACUUCCAUUUGAAAUUUUCCUCAGGAUGAAUAUUGAAUUGAACUGAUCGUACGAUAAGUCCCUCCCUUCUUGGUUUCAGUUACUAUGUCUGUCAAGCUCUUUAUUCAAGUGUGGCACAUACAGAGUUAAAUGGUGGCAGACUUGCCAAUCAAAAGUUAAAUCUAAAUUCAUUUUUUCAACACUGGGUCAUUGAUGUCAGUCAGAAAAAGACAAAAACAGGUUUCUCAGUUGUAGUCAAUGACCAUUGAUACUACCGACUGAAAUAAUAACGGUCACUUGCUGAUUUUAUUUGAGUAAAAAGUUGGUCAAACUCUGCGUACACCUAAGUAUUUGAUGUGUCCAACUGACCCUGCUAAAGGGUUAUCAGCAUGCUACAUACAAGCCCUAUUCGUGUCCUCAACGUCCAUAUGCUACUGUGUGAUUCGACCACAUAGCGUUCCCUAUAUAUGUUAUCCAGCAGCAGGUUGUAUCAUAAAAGAUAGUUUAUUUGGCCCCCACAUAUGUCGUCUGCCUGCCCACAAAGAUACAAUGCAUGUCAGCGGUGUAACCAAAAUUUGAAUCCAAUAUUGUCAGACUAAGCCAAGCCCUGGCGUGGCUGCACAAUAACGUAUGAUUCAAUAGAGAGGAGGGUAAAGUGGAACAGUGUGGAAAAACUAGAUGUAAACGUCUGUUUUAUCUUUCAAGGUAAAAUACAGACAAUAGCAACAUGGACAUACCUUUGAAGCUGGAUAUUGGGUCCAAAACAACAUUACAUUUCCUCCUCAAGGUUAGGCAGGGAAUGUUUAAGAGACUGAAAUAUGGAGUUAUGUGGAGUGCUGAGGUCACAGAUACGUCAGAAGGUCCCAGGCAAAAAGUCUGCAUGCUCAUCAUGUAGAAGAUAGUAUGUUUCACAACAGGUUUCAUGGAUGAGGAACAUGUGGGUCUGUCAAUUGUACCUCUAAUGAAUCCUCCCAAAUCCAAUAAGGAGGAGGACAGAACCACUAACCAAUGACAAAGUAGCACAUGGGACCAGCUAACACAUAACAACAGCUUGACAACAUAAUGUAGUUUGCUAAUGUUAAGCCACCCCUUUGGCUGUAGUAGUAAUGCUAAUGUGCUGCCGUAGGCAGUAAGGGAAGUCAGGCAUGCUAAUGUCAGCAGCUUAACCUGGAGCAAUUGGCCUUUUUUACUGCAGACAUUUAGGCAGAUGCACAUUGUUGAUGUUCUUAAUUACACCUGUGGUUCCUGCUCGGACAAAGCUGUAAAGGUCUUUUUAUUCCUUACACGUUUGCUCUUUCUUGUUUUUGGAGGUAAAAAAAAAAACUACUUGUAAACUGCAAGUUCUUCCUUUAUUUAGAGGGAAUUUAGACUCCAAAGCUUAAUUACAAUUAUUAAACUGAUUGGACAAUCAGGGGAGGGCUGUAAUAAAGGGUCAAUCAUAUUUGAUGCAUUUGUUUUCCAUCUAUAAAUAUAUUCCCACACAGUUGCUGUUUGACUGCAGUGUAAAGCAGCAACUAGGGUUGCAAAGGGGCGGACAUUUUCCGGUAAAUUUCCGGAAACUUUCCAGAAACUUGUCAUGUAAAGAUAAACUGGGGAAUGGAAACAUUCCAAUUUGGAAACUGUCAUGGAAAUUAAUGGGCAUUUUGGGAAUUAAUGGGAAAUUAUGGGAAAUAAUGGGAAUUAACUGGAAAAGUUGGGUAAUUCAUACAAUAUUGAAAUGUAUUUUCUUUGUAUUUGUACUACGUUGGUCGUUUUAAUGUCACCAAUUUAUGCAUUGCAUGGUGUUGCUGUGCGUGCAAUACAAUGUAAAGUUUUGUUUUCGAGCUGGUUUGCUAAAAAGGCUAAUGUAGCUAACAGUAACACUAGCCUGCCACUGCCCCUGGAGGCCCCUUGUUGUCCCUGGUGGCCCCUGGAGGCUCGAGAGAAACGCCACAGCACUUGUUGAAACUGAAAUCGGCGAAAAUGGCAAAAUAUUAUUGAAAUGUAAGACUUGCAAUAACGGAAUUACUUGAAAUGUUAGUGUUUCUGUAGCAAAACAUUAUUAUUAUUUCACAUUGAGCUUGUUUAGAUGAGCCACAAGCAAUAACAACACAGCUGCUGCACUGGUGGCGUCCAUGUUCUUUCCCGACUCGUAAUGCCCAAAGACAAAUGGAACGCUAUAAGUGUUACAGAGCAACUCGGGCGGGGGAUUUACGAGACAAAUGGACAGCACCAUAAGUAGUAGCCCAAACCAUUGACCUUUAGCUUAACAUAUGAUGGUAGUGAGCAUGCUGCCUUUGAUUUACUAUGGCUGUGGUUAUGGUUAUAUGCGUACAAUACAAUUAACCCAAAUAGGUUAAUAGCAAUGGGUUAUGUAUUACCCCCCCCCAAAAAAAGAAAAAAUCUCCCAUAUUUUAAAAAAUAAAUGUUGGCGAGUAUGUAGUAGCCUAUGCUGAUUACUGCGUGUGUGCAUGUCAUUGACGAAUAUAGGGAGGACAUUCAACUGAAGAUGCAUUAAAUCAGGUUGUUUUAAGCAAGAUUAUCCUGCAAUAUGUUUCUUUUCAACUACAUGCAAGUUCCCUGUUAUAGACUAACAGUACAAGCAAUAUUAAAAAUAUCCAGUUUAUUCCCAUUAAUUCCCAUGGAAAGUUUCCAACUUUGAAGAUUCCCGGAAUUUUGCAACCCUAGCAGCAACUAAGAUCAUCUUAUUUUUUCCCAGUUCAGUUUGUUGAACUGAUUGUUUCUGUACUUUUUCUGUUUUUAAAGAUUCAUAUUUGUACAUGUAUUGGAUUAUGUUGGUUUUCAAGCACAAAAUCAAGACUAUGUUUUGCCAAGUGGCUAAAAUGAUGCUUACCUGCCCACAGUUGCUAUGUACAGUAAUCCUCAUAGAAAUGACAUAAUGUAAGUUGUAGUAGUGAUACAACAUUUACAUGUUUUGGACAAAAUGUUAUUCUUUUAUUAAUCAUUAAUGUCUUAUUACAUAUGGAUAUUUAUACACUGUGCUUUAUACUACAAAAUAAAACUAAAUUAAAACUUGCUUAUAUAAA